AUGAUCGAGAAGAGUUUGGCUGACGAAGUGGGUCUCAAGGGUUCACCAGAUCCAUUGCACCUUCGCUGGACCGGAAAUGUGUCCCGAGUAGAGGAACAGUCUUGCAUGGUGAAGCUGGAGAUUUCCGGAAAGCAAAAGAAACGACGUUUCAACGUGGUCAACGCACGUACCGUAGAAGAGUUAGAACUUCCUGUUCAGUCGAUCAACCCGGAUGAACUAAUCAAUAACUUUCCGUACCUCAAAGGUUUGAAUAUUGAUGGAUACGAUGAAGCUCGUCCGCAGCUACUGAUCGGCCUGGAAAACCUCUACUUGUCCACUCCGCUGAAGAUUCGUGAAGGAGCACGUGGUCAACCAAUCGCCACUAAGACAAGAUUAGGGUGGUGCGUCUACGGAGGAGCAUCUACCAAACCAGACGAUUUCCGAGGAGUUUUCCACGUCAGCCGUAUGACUGAAGAUCGUCAGUUGCAUGACCUGGUAAAGCAGUACUUCCUGACGGACAGUCUCGGUGUCACUCCAUUGACUACUGAGCUUGAAUCGGCAGAAGACAAAAGGGCCAGGCAAAUUCUCGAAUCAACAACUCGACGUGUACCAGGUGGAUUCGAAACUGGCCUGGUUUGGAGAUGUAAUGAGGUCCACUUCCCCAACAGCUAUCCUAUGGCUGUGGACGCCUAUUUGGAAAAGGGCUACGCGCGUAUUGCAACGAAGGAUGAUCUGUGUUCCGAUGAUCAAGAUCGAAUAUGGUUCUUGCCGCUGGGAGUGGUAAUUAAUCCUAAGAAACCACAGAAGCUGCGGUUGAUAUGGGAUGCUGCCGCUCAAGUCAAAGGUACAUCGUUUAACUCAAUGAUGCUGAAGGGUCCCGAUUUGCUGACGCCACUAACGAGUGUGCAGUAUCGAUUCCGGCAGAGACGCGUCGCGGUCACGGGGGAUAUACGAGAAAUGUAUCACCAGUUCAAGAUCGCGUUGAGAGACCAGAAGUCGCAGGUGUUCCUGCAUAGAAAAGACUCAUCCGAAGAGCCCGUCAUUUACGUGAUGAAUGUGGGCAUUUUUGGAGCAGCCUGUUCCCCAUGCUCAGCACAAUACAUUAAAAAUCUAAAUGCGAAAGAGCAUGCACUAGAGUUCCCGAACGCUGCUGAAGCUAUCAUCAAUAGCCACUAUGUGGACGAUUUUCUGAACAGCGGAGAUACCGUGGAGGAGGUCAUUCGUUUGGCCGAGGAAGUCAGAUACGUCCAUAGCCAAGGGGGAUUUGAAAUUCGAAACUUCAUGUCAAAUUGCCGAGAAGUACUGGAAGGACUUGGAGAAAGAAAUGCUGCGAAGGAGAUGACGUGGAAUUCAGAGGAGUCUAACGUUGCAGAAUCUGUCCUGGGUAUCCGCUGGUUACCACAAUCAGAUGAACUGACCUUGUCCGCUUACAUGCCUGGUACAGAGGAGGGUUUGUUAGACGGUUCAGUUCGUCCUACGAAGCGCCAGAUCUUGAAGACGGUUAUGAGUCUGUACGACCCACUUGGAUUUUUCGCCACGUACGUGAUUCAAGGGAAAAUCAUCAUUCAAGACUUGUGGCGAGCCAACUGUGACUGGGAUGACUUGAUAGAUGACGGGAUUUUCGGAGAUUGGAAGCGUUGGAUAAACUUGUUGCCAAAGCUGAACGAUGUCCGUAUUCCAAGGUCGUAUUUUGGAGACGCUGUUCCAGAAGACUGCCAGCCACUGCAACUUCACACGUUCGUCGACGGAAGCAGCACUGCAUACGCCUGCGUAGUGUAUAUUUGCUUUAUCUAUGCUGGUCAGCCGCAUUGUGCGCUGAUAGGAGCGAAAGCCAAGGUCGCUCCAAUCAAAACACUAUCAAUCCCAAGGCUCGAAUUGCAAGCUGCCAUCCUGGGAACACGGCUAUCACAGUCGAUUUUGGAGAAUCAUCAGCUUCCUAUUCAUCAACGGUUCUACUGGACCGAUUCAUCGACGGUCCUUCAUUGGAUCAACUCCGAUUCCCGCAGGUAUCUACCGUACGUUGCUUGCAGAAUUGGAGAGAUUUUGACAUCGACCAACCCAAGCGAAUGGAAGAAAGUACCAACGAUGCAGAAUGUAGCGGAUAAGGCAACGAAGUGGGGCAACGGGCCGUGCUUUGAUCCUGAAGAUCCAUGGUAUCGAGGACCACAGUUCCUAUGGGGUCCAGAGGAGUUUAGGCCAGAACAAAAUUGGAAAGGAACAGAUGCAGCAGAAGAACUUCGCCCGGUACUCGUUAACCGACGAGCGAAAAUAGAGCCUGUGAUCGAUGUGAAACGUUUUUCGAGAUGGGAAAAGCUGCAGCGAACGGUAGCGUACGUUCUCAAAUUCGGAGGAGUGAUGAGCGAAGAUACGUCGUUGGAAACACCGAUAAAUUCAGAACUUCUGUGCAAAGCGGAAGUGAAGCUGUGGAAGAUGGUUCAGCUGGAGACGUUUCCUGAGGAGUUAGCUGUGUUGCAGAGUCGACAUUCUACAAAGCCUUCGGGGGCGGUGCCGGUAUCGAGCCCGUUGUAUAAAUUGUCAGCUUUCAUCGAUGAAGAGGGAUUGGUGCGAAUGGAUGGUCGUAUCGGCGCCGCCCCCAACCUGCCGAUCGAAGCUAAGUAUCCCGUUAUACUAGCUCCGAACCAUCCAGUAACCUUUCUCUUCGUAGAUUUCUACCACCGUCGAUGUCACCACCGUAACCAGGAGACGGUAGUCAAUGAGCUUCGUCAACUGGUCUACAUUCCAGGUCUACGAAACCUGGUCCGCAAAGUCGCCGCUAGAUGUCAGAUGUUCAAGGUUUACAACGCAUCGCUGGGUUCGCCGAAGAUGGGCCCACUACCGCGGGCCAGGCUGGAAGCAUUUCUUCGUCCGUUCACCUACACCGGGCUGGCCAGUGACAGUCAAAGUUGGUCGCAAACACGCUAA